UAAUUUUUAAACGGGAAUUUUAAAUUCGAAAUCGAAAGUGCGUUUAGCACUUCCACUUAAAAAUGGUGAAAGAGGGAUUGGUUAGGCGUACAAAUGAAUCAGAACACAGUCUUAGAAAGUUUAUCUGACAACCAUGCAGGAGUGUGCAUACUGUAAAAAGAUCUUUGAUACCCUUCUGGAACUUUUCUAUCAUGAAGAAGACGAACAUGAAAUAAUAAUUUCUCAAACUUGUGAUGUGUGCUGUGUAGAAUUUCACAGCAGGUCAUCAUGUUUACGUCACCGGCAACAUAAACAUGAAACGAAGAAGCUAGCAAGUUUUUUAAACAACCGUUCUCAAAGUACUGAAUCUCAUUCUCGCAAAGUAGCCCAUGUGGAAGUACAGAAAUUUCUUGAGGUGCUUGGAGAAUCCUUUGAUAACAGUAUUUUCUUGAAACAAUUUAGAACUUCAGGUAGCUAUUCUACCGACAGGAAUGUAUUUCAUGCAGAUGAAUUUGACUUUGAUGUUCCUUUGAAAAUCUCAUUGGAGGAGCUGCAAUUGAAUCGAGAAGGCAGCAGAGUUUAUUAUCACUUUCAUCAAAAACAAAAGACUUUGAAAUUAAAUAUACCAAUGAAAGUAUGUAGCACCCGGGCUUGGUUUAAUGUACCGCAAGGAUACGUUGAAAUCAAAACCACGAAUGGCGACGUUGUUGUACCAAGAUCAAUUCAAGAAAAAUUAUACCAACAUCUUUUGUCUGUAAAGGAGAAGUUAAAUGUUAUAGAUUCACCUGCUGUAGAUGUUAGUUCUGAAGCAAAGGGGCCAGCCUUAACUUUCACAAUUAAACAACGAAGUCUACCAAAAAUUAGCGUUGACCUGUGCCCAUCCAUUACUAUCAAACAAAUCACUUUUGCAGAUUAUAACUGGCCAAGAGAAGAAACAAAAAAAGUGUUGCCAGAACAGUUGAUUAAGACUGUUAAUGAAGCAGGUUUGCAUCUUAUACCUGGCGAUUUGAAGUUUUGGUAUAUUUCAGUUUCAAGGGCUGGUGAGGCACUUAUAAAUGGGAUCGAUUCCAGUGAUAAAGAAUGCAGAAGAAAGUGUCACAAGAUUUUAAAAAUAGAUUUCAAAACAUGGCUAAGACGAUCUGAAAAUAAUUUACCUGGAAUGUCAACAAUGAUAUUUGAACAUCAAUUAUUCUGGAUGAACGAGGAAAAACAAUUGGAUUGGUCUCAAUCCAAGAUGGCGGAUCGAUAUCUGGACAUGUUAGAAGACUUAGCAGAAAGGUUGAGAAGCGGGAUUCUUUACAAUUAUUUUAUGGAUUACGAAAAUAUUUUGCAAGACAAAGAUCAACAAAUGUUAAAUCGUGUUGCAAAUCACGCUGAAGCGAGGAGACAAGAACUUAUAGCAAUGGGGUAACUUCUUUGUUUUCAAAUGUGGAAAAACAUUGCCUAGGCAAAAAGCUUGAACACAAAAAGAUCUGCCCUUAACGUAGUUGAGGUUGGGAAACAUGAAGCAAAUAAAAAGGAAAAUGUUGCACUGUGAACAAUUACUUUAAAUAUCCGAUCACCCAUCACGUCAACUUUCAAGAUCAUCAAGAAAUGGGUUUUAGCCUUGUGUGCAGACUCACCUAAUAUAUAAGCUUAUAUGGCUAUCUUUUAUAUUUUAAUACCUUUUUUUAUUCAAAAUGGUAGCCAAGUCGCUACUUGUGCAAAUGAUAUUUUAUAGUUUUUAAAGAAAACUGCGCACAUCGAAGGAGUUUA